GUCGAGCUGAGUAUAGAGAAACAGAAAUAAAAGCUAAAUCACUCAAUCCUUACCGACUGGUAUGUUUAUCAUGCAUCGCUUUCGAUGAUGAGGAGUAAUAACAGCGCAACAUAGCAGAAUUGAGGUAAAACUAACAUUUAUUCCAGAGGUUAAGAAUGAUGUUUGCAGUCAACGACCAACGGGUGACAUGACCAUUUUUUCACGCCAGUUUUUACGUUUGCCGUUUGCCGUUUUCAAUGUGAAUAAGAGAAGUUUCACAUUCAUGAAAAACGCGGGGGAACACAUGAGUAAAAAUUGCAUCUUUCAACGUUAUGAUACAUUAGCAAUCGUAUAUUUUAAAGACAAAAUGUUGUUUUAUUUUUGUAAGUAAAACAUGUUGACUUAUGGGUAAAUUAGAGUAGCCUACAGUGCAUAUAUUCCUGUAGCCAGUGUUUAGACCACCAUCUUGGAUUCGGUACGUAAAUAGUGGAGGGUUGGGACGAGGGAAAAAAAAUCCCCUAGGGAGUAGGCGUGAGGCAGAAAAGUUGUGGGGCCACCUCCGCUCCCCAUCCGUCCUCUCUCACUAGCCUCCACGUUUCGCAAACUCGCCACGUUUUGUGGCCACCAAAACCGCCUGCACUGCCGGCUAAAAUUAGAGAGAAUUCGUGAGAAAUCGAGUGUCUGUCUAAAAUACAGAAUUGUUGUUUCCAGUCCAUUGGUGGUGUACAUACGUGAACUCUAAGCCCAACAUAGAUAAACUAUGAACAGCAAACGAGAAAUAUUAAAUCAAUCGUUUAGCAUUUCCCAUAAACGUCAUUCCUACGGCUACCUCGGCGAGCCGGCAAGACGAGCCAAAUCAUAGAGCAAUCUAUCUUACCCGCUCGGGAAUCCUGCUGUUUCCCGCAAGAAAAUGGUGUUCUGUCUGUUCUUGAUGUUAUGCAAUAAAUCCUUUAUUGACCAAGCUUGUUUGAUCAAGAUGGCUGGAUAUUGGUGUAGCUCUUUUUAGUGCUCUGAUGCACUUCGAAUGCAUCUCGGUCCAUAAACACCCAAAAAUAGAACCUGACCAAUAUUCAGAACUCUGAGCUUUGCAGGGUGGGGGAGACCUGUGCCAACUGUACUAGUAAUUCUGACAGACCAAAGAUUCUCAAACACAACGGGGUUUAAAAAGGUAAUGCAGUUUGUUUGUGUAAAUGUCGAUACACCCACUCAAUUUUUACAAAUUAAAGCUUGCUUGGUUUUUGUAUCAGGGAAACAAAGGCAGGUAAUAGGAAGUAAUAAAUGGAAGCACACUCAAAUUUACGCAGAACAAGUUCCGGCGAUAAAACUGCUUGAAAUGUGGCUCUCCACCAGUUUAUUCACUUUAGACCGGCAUCUUCUAAACGCCCCCAGAGGGAAGUUUCCUGUAAACGCCCCCAGCGUUUAUACGCAGUCAAGGUGAUUCUGGCAUUUAUCUGUGUUUAGUUCAACUUGUUCAAUCAAUAGCGACAUGUCAGUUGACUGGCCUGAGGUCGGUACUGAAGAAACAUUAGUGAAAUUCUUUUAGUCCAAGUUUAUGGAUGGAGCUUUCACCAGUGAGUCACUGAAACGUUCUUUUGGUUUCUUUUUGUUCAGUAAGAGACAGUAUCUUGGUGAAGCUGAGGUGCUAAAGACAAAAACCUACGUUGUCGAGAAUGUUGAACAACACCCGCAAAUAACUUUUUAAAAGCUGGCCCCUGAGGAAUGCCUGGCUGGGUCUACAUGUUACAUGAUGUAAGGUUUAAAGACACCAAAUCAAGGGAACACCAAACUCGAUAUGCAGCAAGAUGCGACCCAAAGUGGCCACGAGACUUUUGUAUGGCACGAAAAGGGUUACUUGGCCUAUGGCAUCUCCAUGUUCUUGAUCCUAUCGUUCGGCUUCGUAGGAAAUGUUCUGACUCUUCUUGUGCUAAAACAGCGUGAACACCGCAGCCGAGGGGUGACUCCUCUAAUGGUCAACGUGGCACUAGCGGACAUUUCUAUUAUCGUAUUUGGUUACCCGAUCGCAAUACAAUCUACUUUUAGAGGAGAGCUUUUGGAGCGUUCUACCUGUAUCUGGGUGGCGUUCAUCAACGGUACCGUGGGGAUAACGUCCAUUUUUACAUUAACUGAAAUGGUUGUGGUGUCCUAUUUUGGUGUGAAGCAGGUAAACACGAACACUCAUAGACUGUCAACCCAUCAAGUUAUCUGCUUGAUUGGCAGUGCUUGGUUGUACGGAAGCUUUUGCAUGUUCCCACCGCUACUUGGCUGGAGUCGGUUUGUUGUCACGUCUUCGAAAAUAAGCUGUUGUCCUGAUUGGGCGGGGAAGUCUGCCGCUGAUAUAAGUUACAAUCUUCUUCUUGUUGCGUUUGGGUUCAUUUUUCCCCUCGCAGUCAUGAUUAUUUGCUACUACAAAAUUUUCAGUAUUGUUCAUAGUGCUGUCGUACCAGGUAAUGUUGCAGUCCAAAUAAGACAACGGCACUCGGAAUUAAAAGUAGCUCGCAUGACAGCAAUGUCUGUCAUUGCCUUCGUGCUGAGUUGGUCGCCAUAUUGUUUCGUCAGUCUCGCAGCAGUAUUCACAGGAAAUCACGUGAUAGAAUCUGGCGAAGCAGAAGUUCCUGAGCUGUUAGCCAAAGCUUCCGUAGUUUACAACCCCAUCGUCUACACCAUCAUGAACAAUAGAUUUCGAGCUACACUGCUUCGUAUUUUACACGUGCGGAGACGAGGAACUCUACAAAGAGACCUAACACUCGCUUCAAGAAUUCACAGUCUUAGAAUUGACGCAGAUUGCCAUAACAUUAACAAAGGGUGCGAAAGACAAAGGCAUCUACUGCAGGUACCACCUUUUGAAACUGCAAUUGCUGACAACCGAUAACCAAACAAAUUCCUUUUACUCUAGUUUGGGCAUGGUGCAUGGAAACUCCUACUGUUGUCGAGCAUUUGCUAUGGGAUACACUUUAUUUGAGAUAAAGUACCUGCAAAAGAACUUAACGGGCUAGAAAUAAAUUGUGUAACUCCAUUGAUUGGCCUUUCACCCGACGGUCGAGAGUUUUGACAGUAGUGUCAGUGGAACUUCUCACUUCUAGAAGUGGCCAAGUGGGUGAACGGCCCUUUGAUAAAACAUCGAAAUUAGAGAUUUUUAGUUUUUAGAUGUUAUAGUGAAUAAUUAUAUUACUUUUCAUUGAUUUUGGGUUGCAAGUUUACUAGAUUAGAGACCAGCACUGAUUUCGUAAAAAUCUUAGUCUAAGAAUCUAGCCAAUCAACGUCAUGUAUCUCCAGAGCCAACUUUUCUUCGUUUCAAGGCCCCGUCGGCCAGGAAGGACAGGUGGCCUCUGGGGAAGAUAACGCUUUUGGAUGUUUAUGAGUGCAUUUUAUAUUGCACUUGGUUGUAUUUAUUAAACUGUGUCCAAUCUGAACUAACUUUAAGGCUCAAUCUAGGAUAAACACAUUCGUACAAUUGUUUGUACAGAGACAACGUGAAGGAAAAUUUGACAGUUGUCCCUAUGUUAUCACGUGACUUUUGCCACUUCCUCUCCUGACCUAGGGGACAGAGGUGGUAAUUUGGUAGUUGGAAGACACUAAACCAAUAUUUGAUAGCGUGAUGAAAAUUUCUAAGUGAACUAGUUAGUUUUGCGAAAGAGUUUUUUUUUUAGAAUUGCACCUGACUUAGGGGAGAAAAUUAAUUUAGGACUUGUACAAAGAACAGAAUUAGUUGGUACCAUUGAGGAGUUUCCAUUGGCGACUCGUUCACACGUCGCGUGUUAUAUUCAGCCCUAGUACGCUAGGGCUAAAUACUUUGACACUGACAUAAAGGUUUGUCCCCUAUAUUAGUGCUCCUGGAUGUAAUUAUAGCAUAAGUAGGGAUGUUGAAUCAGCUGUGAGUGAAUAAUAGACCAUCUUCGUAUCCUCGGUAUUGGACUGGAACUAGCUUGCUAUGGAGGCUUAUGCGGGGAAAUAUCAAUUGAAAAGACCGUCCCUGCAUCAGCCUCAGUUGCAAGCUAGUUCCAGUCCAGGGGCCUGUUUCUCGAAAGCCUUGGAAACUUUUCGUGCCCGCAAAGCCAAUUUUGAUAAAUCGGUAUUUAAAGACAGAGAGGUGUAUACGCCUGAAACUUCUUGUAUAAAGAGAACCUCUGUUCAUACUAAGAAUAUAUGCAUAAAUCAGCUCUGUAUAGUCAUGAGGUUUCAGAUUUUGCUACAACUUUUCGGGCGCCAAAACGUUUCGGGACCUUCGGGAAACGGGGCCCCUAUUCCGAGAAUACGAACAUGAUCGAUUAUUUGACGACACAAUAAAUGGACUAGCUAUGUCUCUUACAUGCAAACUGCGUUUUAUUUGCAUUGUUAUGGGAAAGAGUCUCGAUUGGGUUUAAAUGAUAACUGAGGAUUGGUCAAAAUCAUGCCAGUUGGCAAAUAAAACAUUUUUAAACUGAAAGUAGAGAUCUGCGAUCUCAGUUUCAUGAGUUGAUAAUCAAAUAAUGCAUAUUAUUUAAUUGAAAAGAGGCGAGACAAAAAUACAAACACUAUUACAUACGGUGUCAUCCAACCAUUUUAAUGUAGCCAAGCACCGAACCGUGAUAUAUAGAUUUAGCCAAGCCUAACAGGGGAGCUCCUGGGCCGAGUGGUUCAAAGCCCGAUUAAGAAAACCCAGGUUAAGUGAGAAUUUUGAGUUUGUAACUUUGCAAUGAGGCUUUCUGUUAUAUUGUUUGGCCUUUUGUUUUGAGUUUGAAUCAUCUUAAAAUAUAGGUACACAAAAAAAGCAGUGAAAAACAUUAGUAUACAAGUUUGAGUAACGGUACCGUUCAACUUUGAGCGACUAGAGCAUCACCAAAAUCAAUCCAACGGAAAAUCAAACGUUACCGGUGUGCUAGAGAAAGAUGAAAGUUUCAAAUGGGGUACAUUUCACCAGGAUCUGAGUUACCAUAACAACGAAAUGACGCCAUACUUCAUUGCAUAUAACACCGAAUAACUUGCCGUCAGGGACAAUUUUGAAAAUACGACGUCGGGAUCUCGGACUUGACAUAGUUAUCUUAACGAUGGCAAAAUUUUAAAAAAAAUCUAUAACAGCGCUUUCGAGAAAAUUGCGAGUGAAGUUUUAAGGCGUCAAAAUUCAACAUAAACAAAACAGUUUUCAAUGUUAUUGAAAACUAUGUUCACAAGAAUCUACUAAAUGGCAUUUUAGACUUAGAUGAAUGUAAUCAUAUA